CUACGCUACUGGUACGAUAGUCGCAUUGCUUCAAGUUGUGAACACCAGUCUGUGGUAAAUAAAUGGAAGCACUGAGCAAUAUUUAUUAGUAGAAGGUAUAAUAAUAAACCCAUUAAUUUAUCUUGUGCAAGUUGAUUUUGAAAGUUUCAUUAAUUGUGCACUUGCCAGUAGCAAUGUUUAGGCAAUAUUUAUUUCGACCGCCAUGGUCCGUUCUUAUAAUUAGAAGGAACUUGUGCAAUAAAAUAUCGCCGGAUGAAGCUAAAGGUUCUUCAAUGUCUUCUUUAGCAAACCGAUACAAACCUUCGGAACUACAGAAGUAUAUUUUGGUGUGGACAAAAAAAUUCAAAAGCAGGGAUGAGAUCCCUAAAUACGUAUCAGCUGAUCUAAUUGAUCGAGCCCGAAGUGAAGCUAGAAUAAAAUUGGCCAAUAUACUAAUGCUCCUAACAGCACUGGCUAGUUUUGGAGCAAUUAUGGCUGGAAAAGCUGCAGCUAAAAGGGGAGAAUCGGUUCAUCAAAUGAAUCUAGAUUGGCAUAAAAAAUAUCAAGAAGAUUAUAAGAAAAAAGAGGAAGCAGCAGCAGCUGCUUCUACUAAAUAGCAACAAUAGACAAAAGUUAAUGUAAAGAUAGAAUUUUAUACUAUUUGCAUUGCAUAAAUUUCCUUCAUGAAUAUAUAAUAUAUAUGUAGUAAGUGAUAGAUGUAAAUAAAGCUUGUUGAAUUUCAUAAUAAAUUAUUUCUAAAGCAG